AUGUGGGGAAACGAGACUGAAAUCACAGAGUUUAUCCUUCUGGGGUUUGGGGAACUCCAUGAUCUGCAAAUCUUCUUGUUCCUGGUGUUUCUGGUGAUCUACAUUUUGACCAUGACUGCCAACAUCCUCACUGUUGUUCUAAUAGUGAUUGACCAGCAUCUUCACACUCCCAUGUACUUCUUCCUGGGAAAUUUGUCUUGCUUAGAGACAUUCUACAGCUCAACCAUCCUGCACAGAAUGCUGGCCAGUCUCUUAACAGGCGACAAAACCAUCUCUCUCAAAGGAUGUAUGACUCAGUUGUUUUUCUUUGCCUUUCUGAUUAGUACAGAAUGUUAUCUUCUCUCUGUAAUGUCCUAUGACCAUUUCAUGGCAAUAUGCAAACCUCUUCAUUAUCCAACUCUUAUGAAUGGAAAGCUCUGUAUUAAAUUAGCUGCUGGUUCUUGGAUCAAUAGCAUUCUGUUUACCUCCAUAUAUUUGGGGGUGAUCUUAAAAAUGCAGUUAUGUGGUUCCAAUGAAAUCAAUCAUUUCUAUUGUGAUUCUCUCCCAUUAGCAAAGCUCUCCUGCAGUCACUUGAGCCUUGUAAAACAUAUCACUGUCAUUGUGUCCUUUGUAUUUACUUUCCCUCCGUUUCUUUUGACCCUGACUUCCUACAUCUAUAUUAUUGCUACCAUCUUAAGCAUCCCAUCAUCCACUGGGAGACAAAAGGCCUUCUCCACCUGUUCAUCCCACCUGAUUGUUGUCUCUAUUUUCUAUGGGGCAUUGAUCAUUGUAUAUCUGAUCCCAAAAACGGAGACAAUGAGAGAAGUCAAUAAAAUAUUUUCUGUUCUGUACACAGUCUUGCCCCCCCCAUAG